AUGGAAGAAAAAUAAGUAUUCAGCAAGAAUUUAUUAAAGGAAUAAAUUCAUUACUUCAUUAUUCAAACCAUAUUAAAGAAAAAGAAAAUAUUGUUUUAAAAAACAUUCAUUUAAAGAUUUCCAUUGUUCACCAUCCCUAUUUAAUAUUUAUUUGGAUGCCUUCUAUAAGAUUUCUCUUCAAAACUCAAUUAGGAGCUAAUGUAAAAACCUAUCAAGAUGAUCUAGUUUUUAUUGUAGACUACAGAGUUGCAGAACAGUUUAUUUAAGGAAACUGGUAGAUUAUGGAACUUAAAAUUAAAUAAACCAAAAUAAAGAGUAUUUCUAUUUUUAAAAUUUAUAGGGUAUAUAAAUCCUUAAGAAUUAUAACUAUUUUGGCAACUUUAACUGAU